AUGUCCAGUCUUUAUCUGUGUCCAGAUGAUUUUUGGCGUUGUCCAAUUGAUUUGAAUCAUCAGGUACUUGCGAAGCGAUUCCCGUAUCAUAUUCGACGUUGUCUGCUUGCAAAUCCGCAUAUCCGUCGAGUUCGUUGUGUUUUCAAUGCUAAUCAUUUAACGACACCACAAGAUCUUCUUCAUCACAUGUCAACAUGUCCUGAUGCUAUCAGUCGAACGCCAGGUCGACCAUGGUCCGAUGAUUGUCAUCGAUCGUCUGCACCGACUAAUUGGCAAAUGUUUCGUGAUGUGAAUGCCACUGAAGAUUGGGAUGACGAUAUUCGCGAACGUCAAACAAGAAAUAGUAUACUGACUUUUAGUGAACAACCAAUAGUAUCACCGUCAAAUCAAGAAUCAUUGUCAUCGCCAAUUCUUGAGCAUGCCACAGAAAAGAAGUAUGAAGAAGUGGCAAAUUACUCGUGCAACGAUGUACUUGGUAAAAUUCAACAAGAACCAGUGGUGAGAAAUAAUUAUAGAUUAUCACGAAAUACCAAACAAGCGCAUGUCUUUGAAGAACAUGAUAAUGAUGGUCAAAUUCAUCCAGUUGAAACCGACGACAUCACGAAAAGCUUGAUGAAGAUUCGAACAUUGCAACUGAUUGGUGGGGCUGGUCGUGGCACAUGUUGUUUGUUACGUACAUCACCAUCUGCAUCCAGUCGUCUAGCACGGUAA